AUGACUACUGAUCAAACUAAAAUUAUUAUUGUUACCGCAAAUCAAAGCUUAAUUGAACAAAUUUGCUCUAACAACAUCGCAAAUACACAAGUUCUCGAUGUGACAAAUAACGAACAAAAUUGUUCGGCAAUCAACGGUGAUAAUAUCAUUAGCAAUUUGGCUUUUCUUGCUCAACUAUCUGAUGGUAGUUCAAAGAAUGAAAGGAUUUAUAAACGUGCACUUGAUUCAACUGAUCGUAGUGGAGAAAAACCAGCGAAAGUUUCGAAGAAGCCAAUGAUUUGUGCUAUAUGUGGUGGUCGUGCUAUUGGUUACAACUAUAACGUAUCAUCGUGUUCGUCAUGCAAAGCCUUUUUCCGUCGCCAUGUUAAUCAAAGUUUGGACGAAAUGCAAUGUUUAUUAGGUCAGAAUCAAUGUUCAUUAUCUCACGAAACACGACGACGAAAAUGUCAAAAAUGUCGACUGCAUCGUUGUUUUGAAGCGGGAAUGAAGAAAGAGUUUAUGUUUAGUGAAGAAGAGAAGGAACGACGGAGAAAACAUUGUGAAGAGAAAAGAAAUGCAUCACUGAUCUCCAAUGUCGAAUCUGUUCCAGAAAUCAGUUUGAAUGGAAAUGAACAAUUCGUUGAGACCGAAAACGAUAUUAAUUGGAAUGGAAUAGAAGAUAUUUCGUGGGAAAUCUUAUCCAUCGAAGAUUGGCUUAUUGUUGAAAGUGUCCGCCGUUCAUUCUUAACAACUUUUGAAACCGAAGAUAUUCCAUCGCUUAACUUUGAUGUAGCAGAUACUAGUUCUGCUCUUAUGGAACUAUCUCAAUUCUCCCAUUCAAUCACUCUACGUUUCAUUAGUUUCAUUCGCGAAAUUAACGAAUUUCACAAUCUUCAUAUUGAUGAUCGUUUCAGUUUGGUUAAAUAUAACAUUCAUCUAUUGUCUAUGAUAUGGAAAUGUUUUUAUUACAAACCAAUUGACACUCGUUGUUCGAAUGAACACUUUAUCAAACUUCGACGAUUUUUCGCGUUAUGCGGUGUGUCAGAAGAUAUUCAACGUACCUUGAAUAAUUUAGUACUAUCACUUGUCGAAUUAACUAAACAAGAUUCAGCAACAUUAUCUCUUCUAACGAUGAUACUAAUAUUUUCACAUGGUAUCUCUAUGAAUGACGAUGAAUCACCAUUAAAAGAUUCAGCAGCAGUUUACCGAGCACAACUUCACUAUACAGAUUUAUUUGAGAAGCAUUUAAAUAGCAAAUACGACGAGCUACAGGUUAUUCAACAGCUUACCCUAUUGCUAACCUUGAUCUUACGAAUGCAGUCAAUAUGUAAACAAUUACGAGAGCUUUAUCAGGCUCAAUAUCUAUCCUAUAACCUUGUCGACAAAGUGAUACCAUUGUUGCAGACUACUCUAGACAUCUCUUCAACAUAA